AAUCCGCAGUGCUUCCUCGAGCUGCGCGCGGGCGGCUACUACCUCGGGAGGGUGGUGUUCGAGGUCAAGGAAGACGUCGCCCCGAUCACGGCGAAGAACUUCGCGCAAUUGUGCGAGUAUGGGUGCUACGCGGGGACGAUGUUCAAGGUGUAUCCGUCGAAUUGGAUCGUGGGCGGGGACUUUACGAAGCUGGACGAGAGCAUUUACGGCGCGUACUUUGAUGAUGAAAAUUUCAAUCUCAAGCACGGCGGUCCAGGGGUGUUGACGAUGCACAACGACGGCGGCGGCGAGCCGGGUCGCAACGGCUCGCAGUUCAUGCUCACGCUCGACGCGAAGCCGCAGCUCGAUAAUCGUCACGUGGCGUUCGGACAGGUCAUCGAAGGGUACGAUAUCGUUUACGCUCUCCAAAAGCUCGGCGACGCGAGGCAGGAGGGCGAGACGUUUCAGCGCAUCACCGUCGAGCGUUGCGGU